AUGGAGGACGGAGGACCUCCGCGCCCUCAUGGCAAGGCGAUUCCCGCGGCGGUAGCCCUGUCCGUGGGAAACCGCGACAUCACCGACUGUAGGCUUCCCGAUUCAUCUGACAGCUCAACAGCAGCAGAGAUGGACUCGGACAGUGAUUACACGCUAGUCCAAUCGCGCCACUUGAAGCGCAAGCUUCGCCGGACGUCAGCAGGCAGUGAUUCUACUCAUAACAGCAGAUGUGACGAACGGGUCUUCUCCGUGGGCUACACCCCAACUACGGAAGGCAAUAGCAAGAUGAUUUUGAAACAACAACAACAACAACAACAACAACAACAACAACAACAACAACAACAACAACAACAACAACAACAACAACAACAACAACAACAACAACAACAACAACAACAACAACAACAACAACAACUGUGGGAAAUGGUGCUGUAG